GCUGGAGUUGCACACUCCACAUAAAGUAUCCACAACGCUCGAAACCACACUCUUUGUUGCCAUAAAGCUUUAGGAAUCUCUGUAUGUGUGUGUGCGCGCGCACGCUUUGGCUUGUAAUAUUCUGGCAGGCAUGUAGAGAAAGUUGCGAAGGUUAGUGCGCUACUCGAAGCGUCCCGGAGAAGAAAAGGAGGAAAGGACCAAGAGAAGAAAAGUCGGCUAAGUUCUGCGUUAAAGCGGAAAGCUUCGUAAGCAGCACGUUUGCAACGAAUAAUAAGAAGCCGAAGAGGAAAGUCCGGAAAAGUUCAACAUUUUUUUUUUACCAUUGGAAACCCGCAUUCGGAAACGUGUCUCAGAUUUAAUGUUACACUAAGGAAUGUGCAGUCACCAUGGAAACAAAGUCCCAGCCCAGUUCAACAGCAGAGAAGAAAAAGAGGAUGGAGACCAUUGUGGUAACCAAGAGAUCCUCCAUGACCCGAACUGAGAUCAGUGAGAAGGCUGUGGCAUCCAGCACAACGUCCAACGAUAAUGACAGCUCUAGUUCUCCCUAUCAGCGAGAGAGGCACAGUGUGAUUAGCGGACAGCCACCAGUUCCAGGCCAGAGCUCGAAUGAUGAGCCAUCCACCUCCACAGAUGAGCAAACUUUGCUAGUGAAGAAGGAGCUGCAUACCUCCAUGCCCUACCUUCCUGAACACACACUCCCUUACCGGGGUACACUGUUUGCAAUGGAGCCCCGAAAUGGCUACCUGGACCAUCACUAUACCCCAGCUCAGUUCUUCCCUGCGUUCCACCCUCCUGUACCCAUUGAUGACAGACACACACAAGGACGUUACAUCUAUGAGCCCUCUCCACUGCCACCGCUUCAUGUGCCUCCUGUACUGGCAGGCAGCCCUGCAUUUUCCGAUUUCUCCGUCAUCAGAAUCCCACCUCACCGAAAUUCCUCAGGCAUUGGAGUGGAUUCACCUUUUAGCCCCCCACACCCAUACAUCAACCCCUACAUGGACUACCUCCGCUCAAUUCACAGCAGUCCCUCGCUUUCUAUGAUCUCUGCAGCCAAAGGACUCAGCCCUGCAGAUGCACCGCACACUGGAUUGACCACUGCAGAAUAUUACCAUCAAAUGGCACUGCUUGCAGGUCACCGUAGCCCUUAUGCUGACAUCAGUUCCUCCACCAUUUCUACCACUGGAGCAGGGACCAAUGCUUUGCACAUGGAAUACCUCCAGGCUCUGGAAGGUUCUCGUUUUCCCAGUCCAAGACUUCUUGCCCGUCAGGGCAGGAAACGCCCCCUUCCUGGCUCACCACACUCAGACUCAAAUUUUGAUUUUCAAGCAAUGAUUCGGAAGUCACCAAAUUCCCUGGUGAGCAUCCUGAACAGCUCAAGACCCAGCUCAUCCACCAGUGGAUCCUACGGCCAUUUGUCUGCUGGCACUAUCAGUCCUGCACUGAGUUUUGCCUACCCUCCCACCCCAGUUGCACUGCAAAUGCAGCAGCAGCUAAUUGGCCGACCUCCUGGCAUUUUAAGUUCUGCUUUCAGGCACAGUCCUCCUCUCAUCCACCAUGGCCCUACCUUCACUACCCAGAGACCAAUAGCAGGCAUCAUCCCCUCAGGACCCGGGCCCACAGAGCACUCUAUCAGUUCCACUGACGCACAAAGUAAACCCACCAGUGAGUCGGCAGUGACCAGUACAGGAGAUCCCAUGCACCACAAGCGAUCCAAACUUAAGUCUGAUGAUGAGACUCCAGGCCCUGGAUCAGUUGGUGUAAAGGAUCAUCCAGAUGGAAUGACCCUGGUGAAAGAGGAGGAAGAAAAGGAAGAUGGAAAACCGGAGCCAGAAGUUGUAUAUGAAACCAACUGCCACUGGGAAAACUGUUCCAGAGAGUUUGACACCCAGGAACAACUUGUGCAUCAUAUAAAUAAUGACCAUAUCCAUGGGGAAAAAAAGGAGUUUGUGUGUCGAUGGGACGAGUGUUCUCGGGAACAGAAGCCCUUCAAAGCCCAGUACAUGCUGGUGGUACAUAUGCGCAGGCACACAGGCGAGAAACCACACAAGUGCACGUUUGAGGGCUGUUUCAAGGCCUAUUCUAGAUUGGAGAACUUGAAGACACACUUGCGCUCUCACACAGGAGAGAAACCUUAUGUGUGCGAGCAUGAGGGCUGCAACAAGGCCUUCUCAAACGCAUCAGACCGUGCCAAACAUCAGAAUCGGACCCAUUCCAAUGAGAAACCCUAUGUAUGCAAGAUACCUGGCUGCACCAAGCGUUACACGGAUCCCAGCUCUCUACGCAAACAUGUGAAAACUGUUCAUGGUCCUGAAGCCCAUGUCACUAAGAAACAACGUGGAGACAUUUACCCCCGACCCCCAGCCCAUCCCCGUGAACCUGGAGCCAAUGGACAGGGCAGAUCGUCAAAAUCGCAACGCCCCUUUGAAGCAUUUUCUGACCAAAGAGGGUAUAACCAUGCUACCUCAAAACAAGGUGAAGGUCUGCAAGUCAAGUCAAUCAAAACAGAGAAGCCCAUGACGUCUCAGCCAAGCACUGGCGGUCAGUCUUCAUGCAGCAGUGACCAGUCCCCCACCAGCUCCCAUCUCAGCCAUGGACUCAAACUUGCUGUGAGUACUAUUGGCCUGGUGGGGGAGGAGGUGGUGGAGAACCAGAAAUUUGAAGAGGAGGAUGACAAGGAGGACAUUGAGGAAGAAGAGGAGGAUUCCCCUGGCAUGGUCUAUACUGUUUCUACUGCUACAGCCACAGCAGCUACUCUAGCCCUACAGCCCCGCAGGAGUCUGGGCCCGCGCUUGCACUGGAUGGAACAGGUUAAGAGGGAAAGGCUUAGGCAAGUGAAUGGAGGGACAUCAAGGCUAGGACAUCUGUCACCUACAGCACUCUCUAAAGGCCACAGUCUGCCCUCCCUCACAGUAAAAGGCUUGUGUACUAUUAAGGGUACUUGUGUGGAUGCACCUGUGCCUCAGCCUCCUUUAUACCCUGAGCCAUCCAGCACAGACCUGACAAUGCUGAGCCUCCUACGGGAUCGCUGUGACAGCAGUAGCAGUGCCACCAGCUCAGCCUACCUAAGUAGCAGCCGCCGUUCUUCUGGCAUUUCUCCCUGCUUCUCCAGUCGCCGCUCCAGCCAAGCCUCACAGUCUGAGCAUAGCCAGCAGAGACAGCUACACAACAUCAGUGCUACUGACUCCUAUGACCCCAUCUCCACUGAUGCCUCACGUCGCUCCAGUGAGGCUAGCCAUUGUGGUGGAGGUGGUGGUUCUGGUGAGGUAGUGCUUGGAGGAAGUUGGGGUGGUGGAAGUGUAGGUGAGGGAGGAGGUGGGAUGGGAACAAGAGGUAAGUUAAACUUAACGCCAGCAGAGCAUUAUCAUCUCAAAGCCACAUAUGCAGCUGCAACUGGUGGGCCCCCUCCAACACCUUUGCCUAACAUGGAACAUGUGAGCUAUAAAAUGCAAAUGACUGUGGCAAAGAAUGUAAAAGGCAUGAACCAACUUAUAUUGCCAUCACUUGUCAGACCAUGUUGCAGUAAUGAUGGUAGUUCUUAUCAACCAAAUGGUCACUUUAUGCACAGAGAGAAGGAAUUGUAUCCAAGGAAAGGCCCAGGCAAUAGUGAUGAAAGAGCGAGUAACCCUCUAAGACCAAGAGAUCAAAACACCAUUGAAAAUCCACAGGUAUGGUGUUUUGGCAGCCAGAAUAACAUGGACCACUUAAAUCCUCUGGUUGGUAAUAAUGUCUCAGGUGGUGUUGGUAAAAGUGCACAUCACAAAAAAUACACCAACUCAGAGAGCAAUAUCCAGAGUGGCCAGCUUUCUUCUUUCCCUCUUAACAUUAUGGACCAGUCAACACCUGAAGCUUUAGGCAUGGAGCAUGAUGCGGCUUUCUUAUGUAGGGAUGAUGACAUUUUUCCUGAGAGCCAGGAUGGUCUUUUUUGCCAGCAAAAUUGGAUAAAUUCUCAAUUUCACAGAAAUCAUUUUGCACAGAAUAGUGAGAAAGUGCAGAAUAUACAAAAUCCUUCAAAGAAACAUGGGGCACAAGAAGUGCAAAGAACCAGGAAAGAUAGCUUCCCAAUCCAGUGGAAUGAGGUAAGCUCAGGAAGUACUGAUGUUUCACCUCCUCAGAAGCCAAACAAAAUUAAUUCAGUAGGCCUUCCAUUUUGUCAUGUUGAACAUAUGAUUGUAGAACAGGAGUCCCCUUCAUACUUUCCAGGCCUGCAAUACCCUAAACAGCACAGUAGUGUUCAGCAAAUAUCUGACCAGACCAAUGGACACAAUUACUCAACUCAGUGUAGGCAAGGAUCAGAUUCAAGUCAACAGCUAUCUUGCAGAAUGAGCCAGAGUAAGUCAGAGGAGUCUUUACAAUGGAACUGGAAUGGUGCAAGGAGGAAAAGCUUAAGCACAUAUAAAUUUGGUCAGCAAAAGUGUCAAAAUGCCUUGGGCCCUAUCCGACCAUAUACUGUUCAUCAAGCCAGACAGAGUCUUGAAGUGCCAGUUGAAGAAAGUGGAAACUCACAAAGAACAGUAAAGUCCGGAUUAUCCCAUGUUUUUGUACUCUCACUUAAAUCCCAGUGUUCAAUGUCUUGUCAGCCUGUGGAUCAAGACCCCUCUCCACUACAACAAUAUUCCAACCAACAGAUCAGCAGUAGCCACAAUGCUCAGUCCUACCAAAGUUUUGCAAAGAAAAAUAACACUAACUGCUCACUUUCUAAUCAAGUUUCAGGACUAAAACUAGAAAUUGAAGAUCAGCUUCAAGCAAAUUCAUGCUCUUCCACGCAGCAACAGCAAGUUUUCGAGCAGUGCUUUGACCAAACUAAGUCUUCAGGUUUUAGAGCUCAGCAGUAUGGAAAGGAAUCAAUUAAAACUGCUACUGGGGUAACAUGUGGACCCUUGGAAGAUGCUUUGUCCCCUGGUGCUGAUCAGGUGACCAGCACAGUAGAGAGUAGCCCAGAUGGCAGUGUUUGGGAUAAUGUUGGCCAAUUUUCCUCCAUCCUGGAUGAUAACCUUGACCAGUGCAUUUCUGAUGUCAUAAGUCCUAGUGUUCCUCGUAAUUUGUCACAGACUUCCUCUUGGAAGUUUCCACAGCUUUCAGAUGUUUUUCACAGCUUGUCUCCUGGUACAACCAACAUGGCCAUAGGAGACAUGAGCUCAAUCCUGACUACCCUUGCAGAAGAGAGCAAUUUUCUUGCAAUUAUGCAGUAGUUUAUCCUACAAUGGAUUACAAAGGGUAAAACAAAUAACCUAAUGAAUUAAAUAAUAAAUGUACUUGUAGACUGUAGAAAAUCUUUGAUUUAUACCUCCCUGACCAAAAAAAGUCACAGUGUUAGUUGAGUUUAAUUACUGGCGAAAUAUAAAAAAUAAGCAAAGAAUUACAGAUUUUUUUUUAAUUAAUGGAACUGGGUUACAAAAGCCUUUAACAGAUUUUCUACAACAGUUAGUUCUAACCAAGUACUGUAAUUAGCAGUGGUGCUUGGGGAAAAUCCAGCCGAUGCAUGCAUUGGCACAUACACACACACACACACAUAAUUUUCAGUCUUUAUGUUAUGUUAACUCCCCUUGCAAAGGUAUAACCAGACACUUAAUGGCAUCAAGGAUUCUAUAUUAAAUAAAAGAAGCAUUCAUUACAAACUCAAUCAGGCAACAUUUAAUUUCGUAUCACAAUAUUCAGUAGGUUACAUCUAUCAAACACAUGACUAUUUAGCACCAUCAUAUAACCUUAACAGGCAAAUGCU